AUGACCAGUGAUAGAAGAAAAAAUCGUUUAUUACUUGAUAAUGAUAUUCAAGAAAUAGAAAAUAUGCAGACAAUAUUUGAAUUUCAAGUUCAAAUUUGUAGUGAUAGUACUCAAUAUAAAUCUCCGGAAUUUGUAUUACAAGGCACUGAUUUACAUUAUGAUUACAAAAAUUUCUAUGUUGAUAAACUGCAAUUUAAAGAAAUUUUAUGGUAUAAUCGACAGCAAAAUGUUAAUGUAAGUGUAAGAAUUAAUAAAGAAAAUCCAACAUUAUCGAUCGAAGGAUACAAUAAAGGUGCAUAUUCGAAUCAAAAUUGUAAAGUAACUGUCACGUAUACUACAAAAAAUUAUGAGAGUAUAAAUGACGAAAAUUUAACAAUGCUUUUCAAUCUACAAAACAUGUACGAGGACGAAAAAUUUACAGACUUGAAAAUAAAUGUCGAGGGAGAAGAAUUUUCUGCGCAUAAAGCGUUACUUAUCGGAAAUCCUGUAUUCGCAUCAGUGUUACAAAAUGAUAUGCGAGAAAGUAAUGAAAACAUCAUUUAUAUCAAAGAAAUGGAUCCAGCGAUAUCACCAAGCGUUUCGGGUUCCAUUUUAACCCUAAAUGCUCCGGGCAUGACGUCGGUAUCGAUAGAUCUCGCACGUAUUCCUGGAAAAAGUUUUCAAACCGCAGUAUGGGGUCAAACAGUACCAGCUUGCGAUUGCGGAGAUGAAGUAGCCAAAUGGUUGUCACGUUUUCUUCUUCAAGAAGACGUCGGUUUUCGUUUGGUCUAUUAUCCGUUAGAUCGACCAGUGAGAAAAAUAAAAAACAAGAUCUUCCCUUUGAUCGAGAACGCUGAUAGCGGUGCUUAUCCCGACGAAACCAGCUAUCAUCUUAUAAAUGAGUCGUCCGUAACGGAUUUAAAUUCUCGAUUGGAAGAAUCCAUAACUUCGUCGUAUUUUCGACCGAAUUUUGUUGUGAAAAAUGCAAACGUUUACGAAGAAGAUAGUUGGGAUUGGAUUAAGAUCGGAGACGUUGUUUUUAGAAACGUCAGACCUUGUACUAGAUGUAAUUUAACUACGAUUGAUCCGGAAACCGGUACUAAAAGUCCCAAGGUCGAACCUUUAAAGACAUUAAAAAGCUAUAGGCAAAUUGUGGAUCCAAAAAUUCRUUCCUUUAUCGGUGAGGCUCCAGUUAUGGGAAUUCAUCUUGCUUUGAGAGGACCAAGUGGUGUCAUACGUUUAGGUGAUYCAGUUUACGUAGAUGUUCCGUAGGAGGAAAAAACGCCUGUAAUAUCGCCACCAUAAAUACACCGAAGAGUUUCUUGCGAGGAUGAGAUUAUUUGUAACGAAGAAAAUUUUCUUGUAUGAGAUCAUAACUCGUGACAUGAUCAAAUGGGAAGAAAUCGACAAAAAUAAUCUUCCCUAUGUUUUUCUUAUAAUUUUACAUUCUAUUUCGGAAGAAAAAGAAGAAAUAGGUUUAAUAAGAACCUUUUCAAAGUAAUAUUUCGGAAUAAUAAUUGUUUAUAAGAAUUUACUAUAAUCAGAUUGUACGUARUAACAUACGUACGUAAMAGAAAUGUCUGUUAAUUAGAGGAUAACUCAUUUUGUUGUAAUCUAUUUGAUUAGGUGCGUAGUGACAAAAUCAGAGCUUUUAUAUACUGCCAAUUGAAUCACAAUAAAAACCSUCUGAGUGUCCGUUCAGGACGCACUUUCUAUAGAAUGCUUAUAAUAAUACAAUGACCGUAAAAUUUAUAAUAUAUUAACUGUUAUAAUAUCAUUGGAUGAAAGAUUCUACCUAGUCACCUGUAUGCAUUUAACGUAAGAAAUAAAUCGAUUGACUAUUAAAAGAUUUGUAUAGAAAAUUUGGGUAAUAGUUAUUUGUGAGCGUGRAGGUGUGUAAUCAACAGAUAAAAAAGAGAACAGAGAAUUAAAGAGUUAAGAGAUAAGACUGAUAAUAUUAUACCUYAUUAUUUUGUAAUUAAUAAAACUGUGUGAAUUAUAAGAGUAAGUGAACCGAUAUUUCUUUAGUCUGUACCUUUUUCUCUCUC